CUUUGCACGAGAUAGUUGGCAACGCGCUCGACGAGAUAGAACGCGUCUACGUGCUUGCUGGGCGGGAGUUGGCACAGGGAAAGUCGGUCACACAGGUUCUCGCGCAGCGUCUUGCCCCAGACGAUCAGGAUGAUCAUGAACAAGAAGAUACCUCUGGUCGCGUUCCAGAGGGGCCGUUACCAUUGAACGGGCAUAGAAAGACAGCAUCGCGUGUUUAUGCUAGUCCACCGCCGUCUCCGGGCCCGGGCCGUCCUAUACGCACACCAGCACCGAGUCUGAACACCUCACCGGCGUCCACUCCCGACUCCUACCCUAACUUUCCCUCCCUCCACAAGCCCUAUACACCCACCUCGCCAUCCGAGCAACUCACCGCACAUCCCCUGGUCGCAGCUGCGUGUUCG